CAAGACUCGACGAGAUGUUUAAAAGGGGCAGAAUGUCCUAGAGGUCGUCAUCAUACAAUCCACCCACUCGAAUACGUCAAUAAUGUCUUCUACUUCACCUAUCAAAGUCGGUUUCGUCGGUCUCUCCAGCAAAGGCUGGGCAUCCCAAUCGCUCGGACCAGGUCUCACCCAGCCCUCCCUCCGCGACAAGUACGCCCUCGUCGCCGUCUCAACCACCUCCCCCGCCUCCGCACUCGAAUCCGCAAAGAAGUGGUCCGUAGCAGCCGGUCGGGAAGUGAAAGCCUACCACGGCGGCGUCACGAAUCUCAUCGAGGGGGAGAAGGAUAAUGUGGAUCUGGUUGCGAUUUCGGUGAAAGCGCCUAGUCAUCGGGAUGUGGUGCUGAAGGUGAUCGAGGCGAGGAAGGAUUUCUUUGUGGAGUGGCCUGUUGGGAAGAGUCCGGCUGAGACGAGGGAGAUUAGGGAUGCGGCGAGCAAGGCGGGGGUUAGGGCGCUUGUUGGCUUGCAGGGGCGUCAUUCGCCGGUUAUUAAUAAGGUUAAAGAGAUCAUUGCGAGUGGGAAGAUUGGGAAGGUUCUUUCCUCGAAUAUCAUCGGAAACAUCGCUCUCGACAAUCAAGUUUGGUUCAAUGAAGCGUCGAACGCUCGAUACCUCCUCGAUAAAGCCAACGGUGCGACUCACUUGACGAUUCACAUCGGCCACCACCUCGACAACCUCACCUACCUCCUCGGAAACUUCACCUCCAUCAGCGCUACGGGCGUGACCCACUACCCAAAGACGACGGUCCUCGACGGUUACAACGGCAAACCCACAGGCGAGGUCCUCCCAGGUAUCGGGAACGACCAUCUCGCGAUCACGGGUACACUCUCCACCGGCAUCCUCGUCACCUCCGUCUGGAAAUCCGUCAACAGCACCACCCCAGGCCGCAACAACUUCCUGUGGGAGAUCGAUGGUACCGAGGGCACGAUUCGGUUGACGAAGGAGGGUACGCCGAUGGCCUCGUUUACGAGUUUGUGCGAGCCGGAUUUGUAUGUUAAUGGGGAGAAGGUGGAGGUGGAGGGGAGCGAGAAGGGUGUGGUUGGGUUUGUGGAGAGAAAUUGGGAGGAGUUUGCGAAGGGUGAGAAGGGGAGGCAUGCGACGCUUGAUGAUGCGGUUAGGUUGAAGAGCUAUUUGGAGGCUAUUGACGAGAGUUUGGAGAGUGGGAAACGGGUUAGUUUUUGA